GAAGGGGCAUUGAGGCAGCAGGGGAGAGUGGUAGAGGGAUCCCUCUGCCUUGCUACCGUCAGCUAUGGCCACCAAUUCCUGUAGGGUCUGCGAGAGACUUUUUUUCCCGCCAGGAAAAAAAGUAGCUGGCGUGGGAGGAAGCCAAAAAGUGCUGCAUUUAGAAUUCCAGCCUCAGCCUCAAAGUGGGUCUGUUUAGAAAAACCCCUAUGUGAUCUAUAUAUAGCAGCCGGGAGCUGUGAGUCGCUUUAUUCCAGAGCCUAUUCCAAAGACUCGGCUGGGCACGCUCAGCCUGUACUUCUCCUGCACUCAGAGGAGCUGGAGAUGGUCCCGGGUAGGCCCUUCAGCCCUGAGCUGUCCCCCCAUAGCAUGGCCUCCAGGGCUUGGCCCAGUUUGGCUCUACAUGACCCAAACAAUGAGGCCACUGACAUUUCCCCUGGGAGACUCUUCCACAGGCUCAGCGACCCUCGUGACUAGGAAUGUUCUGCCAAUGUCCAGCCCAAAUUUCUCUUUGCUCUUCCUCUCCCCGUUGUUCCUCAGAUCACCCUGAACCUCUGCCCUCCCUCCUGGGCCCGGGGCGGGCAUGUUGUGGGGAAGUCUGCAUUUGGCAGUCCUGUCCAUCUGGAUCACUUGGGCCCUCGCUGCUUUCUGCCCAUGGCAGCAAGAAUAACGCCCAGUCCUCGUGCUGCAGCAGCCUUCAGCAUCUGUGCACCACAUGCCCCAAGGAGAGGGCCGCUCCUGGGCAGGGAAGGCUGGGAGCUGAAGUGCUGCGAACUGUCUCCGCCGCCCCGCUCUGCAGCAGGGGUUCAGCUCUUCCCGGCUCCAGGAUUGCUCAGCAGGGCCCCAGCCACUCCCCCUGCGCUCCCGUCCCCGUCCUUUUCGUGCACUGUCAGCCCGGCCCAGCGGGUGCAAGCUGCGGAAGGGGCAUGGGGUCUUCAUGGGGAGAGGAAUGUAGCCUUCCUCCCACCGAAGGGACAGUGGUAAAUUCACACAGCCCAGCCCAGCAGGAGCCCGUCCCAGUGGAGAAGCCUGGAUCCCUGUUACGGACAGGCCUGUCCAAGCCCCAGCUCCACCCCCCGCAAUGCCUGGCGGGUCUCCGCAGAGAACAGAGAGCACCAUCAGCAAGAAGCCGCACAAGAGCUCUGGGCAGCAGCAGCCAGGGUGACACCAGACACCAGCUCUGCUGUCCUAUCUGUCCAGGCCCAAGCGGGGCUGCUCCCACCCCCCACACCUUGGGGCUUUUCCUGAAGAGAGAACUGAGGAUCCAGAGGCCUCAUCUGAUAGCAGACGCUGCCGGUGGAAAGCNGGCUCAGAAAAGCCUUCCUGGGAAGUUUAAUGAGUGCUGUGGAGAGCAAUUAUCCAGGAGCGCCGAACCAGAGAAAAGACAGGUCCACGCUCCCCACCAGCAGCUCUAAGGCAUCUCCACAGAUCGGGAGCAGGGGCUGGUCUUGGGAGCAUCUCCAGCCCCGGGCACAACACGGCCAAAAGGAAGGGGUAGCAUGAACGAUGGGGCGUCUGGGGCUGUGACAAGCCACUGAAGGCCAGUUUCUUGUGUUCUAGGGGAGAGGGCGUGGAGUAACAACGGGGUGUGACAUGAGUCUUGGGAAGCUACCGGUGAUCGGCUGGGUGUCAG